UCCAUCAUUUCCCAUUCUAACAUACACCACCCUCCACUUAUUAUAAUUAAUCCUAAUAAAUAUUCAUUCUGAUCAUCAUACGUAUUAAUUAAAAAAACGUACAGUAUGGAAGUUGGAAAGAGAUUUGCACUGCUCCAAUGCGCGGAGGAUCCGGAGCAUGUGACGGAGAGGUACGGCGGAUAUCUGCAGGUGUACAUGGCGAUGCUGGCGGAGGAAGGGGAGGAGUGGGCCCUCUUCCGCGUGUAUCGCGGCGAGUUUCCGGCGGAGGACGAGAUCGACAGCUUCGACGGCUUCGUCAUCACCGCUAGCAGUGCCAACGCGCACGACAAUGACGCGUGGAUAUGCAACCUCUUGAGUCUCGUCAGGAGGUUGGACUCCAUGAAGAAGAAAGUUCUUGGCCUGUGCUUCGGCCACCAGAUAUUGGGUCGGGCCAUAGGAGGAAAAACAGGGCGCAGUGCCACCGGUUGGGACAUCGGAGUGACCACCGUCAACUUUUCUCAGUCGUCGGAGCUUUUGAACUCCCUAAAAAUGCCGCCUUUCCUCGACGUUCUCGAGUUCCACCAAGACGAGAUAAAAGAGCUUCCGGCGGAGGCGGAGAUAUUGGCAUGGUCGGAGAAGACGGGAAUAGAGAUGUUUAAGUAUGGUGAUCAUAUGAUGGGGAUUCAGAGCCACCCAGAGUACACCAAGGAUAUAGUUCUCGGUCACAUUCAUCGUCUUGCCAAACGCAACCUUAUCCAGGUACACAAACAUAUCUAAAUAUAUCCGGUUUUAAGUUUGAUGACGAUGAUGAUGAUCGAUUAUACUCCUCCAGUUUCUUAAAACAAUUCAUCUUUCAUUUUUUCACCAAAACACUUUCACUUUCUAUUAAAAAAUCACAUUUACCCUUAUUUUUUUUAAUGUACCUAUGACAUCAUAAUUUUUCACUAAUAAUCUACUAAUCAGAUC